CAUCGCAAAACCAGAAGAUCCGACCACUACGGUCGCCAGGGACGAUUCCAUCGGAUUUGUACCUUUGUUGCAACCCUAGACUGUCGGUGCCCUCAUCGUAUAGUGUCAUCUUCGGGACCCUCACAACUCGGAAAUCGCUCAUCGAAUUUUACGACCUCUAUCGACCGGCAGUCCCACGUCGCGCGCAUCGCCUUCGACCAUGUACAACUCCCAUCGGGCAAUGGUGCCGGGUGCGCCAGGCCCGAACAAUCGCCUGACCGAGCUGCUGGAACAAGUUCGCCAGGAAUUCGAUCUCCAGGCCAAUCGCGCCGGCGAUUUUGAACAGUCUGUGGCAAACCAAAUUCAUGAAUUGGACAUGCUUCGCGCCAAGCUCUACUCUCUAGAACAGACCCAUCAUCAGGUCAAGCAGAAGUAUGAAGAUGAGAUCGCCCGCCUGCGACAUGAGCUGGAACGUCAAGGUCCCAACCAGCCUCCCCAUGCCGGACCGUCACAACCGCCGCCUCCAAGCAUUGGACAUGGACCAGGAAAUCUGUUUGGCGGAAUCAUGGCCGGAGGUGGUCAGCAAGGAGGGCAAGCUCUCGCUCCUCCCCAGCCACAAGAUCCAGGUCAGCAGGCCAAUGUUCCCGUCCAUCUUGCCCAGGGACCAGCGGGAAUGAAUGCACAAGGCCCACCACCGCCUCCCUUUUAUCCACCGGGACCAGCACCGAAUGGUUACGCACCUGGCGUUCCUCAACCGGUCGCAUCUCCGGGACCACGAGGAGGUCGUAAUCCCCGUGGUCCACCAGGCCCUGCCACUCCGCAGCAAAACUCCGCUGCCCCUUACCCCGGAUCACCCCAAGUUCCUCGUCCGACUCCUCCUCCCGCUCAAGGCCCGCCUCUGGUCCGAAAUGGCCUGUCGAUGGCUGCCGGUCCGACGGGGAACACGCUGGCCGACCUGGAGAUCAACGACCUCCCGCCCGAAUAUAAGAAAGAAGGCUCCGAUUGGUACGCAGUCUUCAACCCUCGUCUCCGACGCACGUUGGACGUGGAUCUUGUCCACACCCUAGACCAUAAUAGCGUAGUCUGCUGCGUUCGCUUCAGUCUCGAUGGCCGCUUCGUUGCCACCGGUUGCAAUCGCUCGGCCUACAUCUAUGACGUGCAAACCGGGCAACGGGUGGCCGAGCUCAAGGAUGAGUCACUGGUGGACGACACGGAUCUCUAUAUCCGCAGUGUUUGUUUCAGUCCCGAUGGACGAUACCUUGCGACCGGUGCAGAGGAUAAAAUCAUUCGAGUCUGGGACAUUCAGUCACGCACCAUCAAGAACGAGUUCCGCGGCCACGAACAAGACAUCUACUCCCUAGACUUUGCACGGAACGGUCGCCUCAUCGCCUCGGGCUCGGGCGACCGCACGGUCCGGCUGUGGGACGUCGAACGCAAUGAAUUGCUGUUCACGCUCCAAAUCGAUGACGGCGUCACCACCGUUGCCAUCUCUCCGGACAACCGAAACGUGGCUGGUGGAUCCCUUGACAAGAGUGUUCGAGUCUGGGAUACUGCCACCGGCUUGUUGCGGGAGCGCCUCGAGGGCGACAACGUCGGCCACAAAGACAGCGUGUACUCCGUCGCGUUCAGCCCCAGCGGACGUGAGAUCGUGUCCGGGAGCUUGGAUAAGACCAUCAAGAUGUGGGAGCUGCAGCCGCAGCAUAUGAUGCCCCAUGGCGGCGUAAACCCCCCUGGUCGUGGCCAGUGUACCCGAACUUUCGAGGGUCACAAGGACUUUGUUCUGUCCGUCGCUCUCACCCCCGAUGGUCGAUGGGUGCUCUCAGGCUCCAAGGACCGAGGAGUGCAAUUCUGGGAUCCACUCACCGGCGCUGCACAACUCAUGUUGCAAGGUCACAAGAACUCUGGUAUGUUGAGGAUAUCCCCUGGACCGACUCGUGUCGUGCUAAUACUGUUCCUAGUCAUCUCAGUUGCACCAAGCCCGCAAGGCGGUCUUUUCGCCACCGGAAGUGGUGAUCUUCGUGCAAGGAUAUGGAGGUACACGGAGAUUCGACCAUAAUUGGUCUCCUGAUGCAAAGAAAGGAUUAUUAUCCUACUCCGCGUCAUUUGGUCACGAAUCUAGGACGGCAAACGCAUUGCUACCUCCCACGCAACCUCAAUCCGCCCCCUGUGCUGUUCUACCAU